AUGAAUCCAUGGUACAAGAAUCAGGGGGUAGACAAGCAUGCAACAGCUGAAGGUAGCAGAGGAGUUAAUCGUGUCUUGACAGAUCCUGUAAUAGCAUCCAGGAGUUCAGGAGCGUUUGACAAUGAGGGCUAUUUUAAAGGAAUUAAGGGAAGUAGCCGGAGAGAAAUGAUGAAAGAUGAAAAGGAAGUAAAGGAAACAAGGGUUGAAGGGGAAUUUAGCAAAGGGACACUCAUGGAUAGUAUGAACUUUGAAAUGCAUGAGUCACCAAUAUUAGUCAGAGAAACACCAGGUUCUCUUAAACUAGCAGCAGGUGAGAGUAGUAUACCAUCAAAGUCAAUAGAAGGGCCAAUGCUUCGUAGGGACAGUGCUACCAACUAUUUUUGUUGGAAAUCUCCAUAUGAUGACAGAGAAAUUUGUUACCCGAGCAAUUCACAAAGUCUAUAUUUUAAACGCAAAAAGAAACAAUUGAAGCCACCAAUAUAUGACGAACUCACUUGCCCAGUUUGCAGAAAGCUGUACUCAAAAGCGCAAUUACUGCCAUGCAACCACAGCAUUUGUGAACACUGCAUUCCAAGACAAAAGACCAUAUCCAACAAGGGUGUGAAGAAGCACGCUAUUGUCACAUGUCCAGUCUGCCGCGAGAAUCACUAUUUUGCCAGCACUGAAAAAGUCAAGUUCCCUGAGAACUUCCUGCUCAACGAGAUACUCAACAGGUUGGAAAAGCGGCGCAAAAAAUCAUCAAAGAAGAAAGCAGCCGGAAGACAACCUUAUUGCCAACUUUGUGAAUCGAAAAAUAGACAGAUUGCGAUGAAGAAAUGCGAAACCUGUGAUCUAAAUUUCUGCAGGGACUGUUUAAAACAGCACGACAAAACUUACACGGACCAUAAUUUUCGCGAUCCUUCAGGUGGGGAGCCGCUGAUGAAGUGUUUCCACCAUCCUGAUUCAAAUCUGUCAAUGUUUUGUCUGUCUGACAAGAUUCCAAUAUGUGAUGAGUGUAGUAAAGAAAAACACAAAGAUCACCCAACGAGUACCUUGCAAGACGCAUUCAAGGACCAAACAAUUCAUCUAUUUCACAUUAUUGCAAAAUAUGGCAAAGCUCGUCUUCUUCCUGCCAAAGUACAUAACCAGCUGCUGAAGCUUGCUCCACCAUUUAGUACAAUCAAGGCUGAUUUCAUCUUGGCCUCAGUUAAGGAUGAAAGUGAAAAUGAUAUGCUGAGGCUGAGCAUUUUCAAAUCCAAACUCCAAGAGAGUAGAACUGAGUUUCAGAAGGAGCUCUCUAAUGGAUUUAAGCUUUUACAUGAUCAACUCAAACAGAAAGAGGCCCAGGUUAAAGAAAUUUAUGAGAAUGGGUUAAAUCUUAAGAUAGCGAAUAUAAACCAUUAUAUGGAAGCAACAGCUAAAGAAGUGUUAGGAUUGGAAGGUUUAAUCCAAUAUGCCAAGGAAGCAGUAAAGGAAAUGAAUCAAUUUGUCCUUCUGCAAACUGUUAGCCAUUUAAUAGAACAGCUGAGGAUGAAAGUGGCUGAUAUUAAUAUAUCUGGGCACAAACUAAUAACAAACUCUACUGAGCCAUAUAAAUUGGAUUUUGAAAGCAUUUUGGCUCAAAUGAAUGAGAUUUUUUCACCAGUUACAAAACAUUUUGAAUUGUUCAAAGACCACAAAGCUUCCCCCGUUGAUAAGAAGAUAGAAACAAGUGUCUCUAUAAAGAAGCCAACAGAGAUUAAGGAGACAGAAAGAAUCUCAGUCCUAUCAGAGGAGUCCAAUGGAAACAUGACUGAAACUCAGCAAGAAAGUGGCGCAAGCUUUGAAAGUGAACGUAGUGUAGACAGAAAAUCAUCAAAAACAAGCCAAGAAGAGACAACAAAUUCUGAUGUAGUUGUGCCACCAACUAUUUACCAUCAUACUGUGCAGGGAAAUACAGCCAAGAUUUUUUGGAUGGUUCCAGAAUAUGACCUUGUGGAUUCUUUCGACGUGCAAUUACAAGAGAUGGGUAAUAAUAAUGGAGCUCUACCGCAACUAGGUGUAAUAUUUUCUGGAAUAGAUGCCUCUUCAUUUGAGACUCAGGUGAAAGCCAAUUCUGAAGCUAUCUUCAAGGUCCGUGCAAUUUCUGCCUUUGGACAAAGUGAUUGGAGCUAUCCUUACAAGGUUUCUACUAAAAAGAGUUAAGUUGGAAGAGGACCGGUCCAUACUUUAAUGAAGCAACUAAGGAAGAUAAACUGGGUAAUCAAACAUACCCUUCAAAACUAUAUGAAUGCCGAUCAGAUGGAAC